AUGACGUCCUCAGCGGCCGGAUCAACCGCCUUCUUCAUCCUCUCCCUACUGUCCAUAUGCGGCGCCGUUCUGCUCCUCCUACGCUACUAUCUCCCGCUUCGCACAACACCCGCAUACGUCGUCGUACCCGUCUUCUUGGCAAUAGCGCUGCCAGCCAGCAUCGUCGUGCUCCUGCCCAUCGACCUCGCGAGUAGUGCUGGACUCGACACAACGGAUGGCGCCAGAGGCAUAUGGCUGAACGACACGGUUGUGUACAAGGCAUGGCGCAUCAUAUACUGGCUCACGUUUGCGCUUACGUGGGCCAUCUUGCCUAUGCUAGGCGAGUACUGCGAUAGUGGGUAUAGAGAGCCCAAGGCAAGAUUGCAGUAUGCGCUUAGGAGCAAUGGCCGGUAUUGGCUCAUUGUGGCCGGGUGUAGUAUCGUAGGUUCGAUAUACUUGCUUCUGUGGAACGGCUUCCACGUGGAUACUUUCAAGAGCUUGGUCAUGGCGCUGGCGUAUACCUGGGGUCUGAUACUGGGCAUCUACCUUAUGGGUCAUGGACUCGUCGCCUUCCCCAGGAGUUUGUUUCGAUACGCUAGUGUUAGCGAGAGAUUGAAGAGGAUACAAAGUCGGGCGCCCAAGGUUCACGACAAGUUGACUGAGGCAUUGGAGAAACUGGAUCAGUAUGAAUACCAGGUUGUGCAGCUCAAGCAAAGGAAGAAUGGUACUGCGCGCGAGUUUCAAGAGUGGAUUGAUGAGUUGGCAGAGAAGGGCAAUCUUCCGGAGAACAGGGCUGGUGUUGUUGGGCGUAUGGGCACAGCGACAGUGCCUCCUGUCAUCACUGAGAGAUACCUGGCGGAUCUGACGAGGAAGUUGAAGCGGGCGCGCCAUGCAAAAUGCCGAUUCGAGAACGAAUGGGACCGUGUUGUACAAAAGGCUGUCAGGACGCAGGCUAUCCUCGAUUCCAAAGCCAGCAAACAUCUUGAGUUCAAAGGCGUUGCGUUGCCAGCCUCAAGAGGAUUGUUCGAUCGCAUCACCAUUCUCACACCAUUCACGCGCUACCACCUGCACGUCCACGUCAUCCCCGCUCUGGCCUACGUCUCCUGGGCCAUCACAAUCCUCGCAUCCAUAUCCAUCGUCUGGUCAGAAUGCGUGCGCGAAGCCCAGGACUUUGGUGGGCCGAAACUCUCUAUCAUCGGCUGGACUGUCGUACACCGCCACGACAAUGGCCGAUCGUCGGUCGGCUUCAACAGCCAGAUAAUCGCUGCUGCCUGGCUAUGCUACAUGUGCAUUUGCGCCUUCUAUAGUCUAACCGAGGUCAAAAUAUGGGGCAACAGGGCGCUCGUGCGAAGAAACACAUAUCAAGAAUCUGCGACCUGGUACGGUCUCCAAGUCGCCAAGUUGACCGUCCCUUUGAGCUACAAUUUCCUUACCAUGACGGACAAGAAUAUCUGGAAGGGUACCAUGUUCUACAAGUUCCUUGGCCGCCUUAUCGUUCUCACACCACUCGGUGAAGGCUUCAGCGCAUUCUUCCCCAUCUUCAUACUCGUACCCGUCUUCGCUACGGCUUUCGGACUCUACGGCAAGGUGAAGAACAUCUGUGGCUUCGGAGAUCUACUCGACGAUGAAGAGGACGCAUCAGGAAACUACGCUGGCACCGGCUCAUGGCGCGAAGGUCGCGCAUUGAUUGAACGCGAAAUUCAAGGUGCAAGUGGAAACGUCCUAGGCCUUUCCCAACGAACCAAUACUAGCCCGCCAAACGAACGAUACACAGACACACCAGCACCGUCGUCGUCAUCUAGCCUUCCCACCGCGACCGCAGCAGCGGCAAACGGCGGCCCAAGCACCACACGCGUCUCAACAACCCAUCCCGACCGCCGACGCCCUGCACUCGAAGACGAAGAAGACGAAGGCAACUUUUUCGAAAACUUUGCUUCAAGAGUCAAAAACACUUUCGACACCAACGACUUCUCCUUCCCCCGACCGAAGUGGCUAGGUGGCGAUGAGGAAGAAGCCGAGGCUGGACGUGGUAGUAGAAGACCGUUGGAUCGAGGUGACGGGGAUCGUGGAAGUGGAUUUUUGAGUCUGUUUGGUGGGAGGGGGGAUGAGGGGAGGGUCAGGCUGUAA